AUGGAAAAUUUAUCUGGGGAUACUCACCGCAAAUUUCUAAAAAUAUAUUUUACAGUUAUAAGAUACAGUGGGAUGUUUGCGCUCAUGCCUUCGGCAAAAAUAGGCUGGAGAGUACUGAAUAUUUUUUAUAAAUAUUUAAAUUUCGCAAUUCUUAUUUUUUAUCAGGUAACUCUUGGGACAGACGCUCUAAGGCAUGUCACCAAUGUAACGAUAUUUGGAAACGACGGUUGCUUUUUUUUUGGGGUGUGUAAUUCUCUUUUUAAAUGCUGGAAAUUUUCGGUUAUGCAAGAUAAAAUUAUUGAACUCGCUGAAGAAAUUUACAGCCCUGUAGAUAUACUUCUACAGUCUACAGAUCGUGGAAUAUUAGUUAACAUAAAAAGUGUAUUAUUUUGGGAACAAUUACAAUAUUAUUCAUGUAUAAUGUCGAACGUAUUCCUGACAAUAGCCUUAAUAUUUUUGGUGCCUUAUGAAAAGGGUUCCUUACCAAUGCGAGCUGUGUACCCCUACGACAUAACAGUUUCGCCGAAUCACGAACUCACAUUCUUCUACCAAUUUUACUGUGUGGCCUACUGUCUGACAGUAGUGAUAACAAUUGACGCCUCAGUAAUUGGAUUGAUGAGAUGGUUGACGAUCCAAAUCCUUGCACUGACUAACAACUACAAAUACUGUAACAGCAAGUUAUCGAAACGCGCUGGUCUAGUUUCCCCGGUCAAAGCUCGUAAAACUUUCGAAGGAAUUGACGCCAUGAAAAUUGAAUACGAAGAUACUGAGAUACUAGAAUUUUUGGCCUUCGAUAGGCAAAAGGUCAAGGAAUGCGAUGAUGACUACAUCGGAAGAUUUAAAAAUUGCAUCAAACACCAUCAGAGAAUUAAGAAACUAAUGAAAGAUUUUAACGACAUUUUCAGCGAUUUUCUGAUGAUGCAGUUUGCAAGCAGUUUAUUGAUCAUUUGUUUUAAUGGCUUCAUGAUGUUAAUUGCAAACAGUUUGUCAUACAGUCAGUGGAUGUCGGGAUGGGAGUCCACGGAUGAGAGGGAUAAUAAUGGUAAUAAGCUGAGCAAUCUCGUGACAAUAUCGAUGAUACCGACAUUGAAGCCGUUGGGAUUCAAAGCACUUGGCUUGUUCGAAUUGUCGAUGCCGACGUUUUUGUCGAUUGUAAAAAGCUCAUAUUCUACAUUGAUACUUCUGACGACAGUUGCCUCGGAUUGA